AUGCCACUGAAUGUGGUGAGUGCUGGAGCCUCCACGACCUAUGUGGACUUGCAAUGGCGAGCGCCAGAGGUGAUUGGCAACGAACACACACAGGAUCGUUGGCAGUUGCAACCUGAAGCAGUCAUCCGCUACGAAGCGCAGCUGAGCAUCGCUGAGCACGUUGGUCCUUCUCCUCGGAAGUCCUUGUCGAAGAGUCGAACUUCCUUUCAACUUCAGGACGAGUCGAAGACUUCCAGGCCCUGCAGUUGGGAGGUGGCCGCGCUCGCCGCCGGGCCGCUCUCGGGGCGUUUGGGUGGCCUCCGUCCCGACACCCUCUACGCGCUCUCCAAUUUCUCAGCGGUGAACUCGAUGGGCAGCGGAAGUCCUGCAAGGGAGUUGCAAUUCUGGACGAUGCCAUUGAAUCCCAUCAUCGAAGGCAUUCGAGUCCGGCAAGGCUUGGUGAUUCUGACGUUACUUGAGACCGGCGGAGAGCACGUGAGUGAUCUGGAGACAGUGGUUCGCUUGGAAUCCACGGGCCAAGAGAGUUCCUUUUGGCUGCCAAAGUCUGCAUUGCGCGGCGAGAAGAUGCGGGAGCUGCCACUGGACUUCCAGAAGAUGCCUGAGUCCGGUCAAAGUGGCCACGUCGUCACAGAGGCGGUUCAUUGCAUCAAGAUCAGGGCACGAAAUCCUGGAGGAUUGUCCACGUGGAGCGAGGACGAUGUUGACCAAAUCUGCUAUUCUUUACGUUGA